GUUCAGGCAGUAGCGACGCACCAGAAUGCACGUGCUUCUCUGGUGGAACGUCAAGAUGGCAGCGUCCGUGUAUCGGUGUUACGAGCUGAUGGGCCGGAAGGCCUUGGCUCUCUGCACCCGUUCUGUAGUUUCUGCUGCAUGGAGAGGAGAUGCCUACAGGUUACACAGGAGCCCAGCUGCAGCUGUGCAGGUCCGGUAUUCUUCGGGACGGAAGGGUUUUUUGGGUGAGUUCGUUGACAAUCUCCGUCAGGAGUUCAGUAAGAACCAGGAGAUGAAAGAAAACAUCAAAAAGUUUAGAGAAGAGGCCAAGAGGCUAGAAGAGUCUGAUGCCCUGCAGCAGGCCCGCAGGAAAUAUAAAACUAUAGAGGCCGAGACGGUGAAAACAUCUGAGGUGUUUAAAAAGACCUUCGGCUCUCUGUCAGAAACCGUCAAAGAGAGUCUUGGGGAGGUGACCCGAACGGAUAUAGGGAAGAAGAUUAAAGAAGGUGUGGAGGAGGCGGCCAGGACAGCCAAGCAUUCUGCAGAGUCUGUGUCUAAGGGGGGAGAAAAACUGGGACGGACCAGCGCAUUCAGAGCCAUCUCACAGGGUGUGGAAUCUAUGAAGAAGGAGAUAGACGUUGGAGACGCCGGUCCUUACAGGGCUCCUGCUCAGCUGAGGAUGAGAAGUGAUUUUUCAUUGAGAGGUGGAGAUGUUGACAGCAGAGUGUUUGAGGCCAAUGAAGAUGCUCUUGGUGUGGUUCUGCAUAAGGAUUCAAAGUGGUACCAGCAGUGGAAGGACUUCAAGGAGAAUAACAUGGUCUUUAACCGAUUCUUUGAAAUGAAGAUGAAGUAUGAUGAAAGCGACAAUGCUCUGAUCAGAGCAUCCAGAGCCAUGACUGACAGAGUUACCGACUUUUUAGGUGGACUUUUCUCUAAAACAGAAAUGUCAGAAGUGCUGACAGAGAUUCUGAAGAUAGAUCCUAAGUUUGACAAAGAUACUUUCCUCAAGCAGUGUGAGAAGGAUAUAAUCCCGAACAUCCUGGAGGCUAUGGUCCGUGGAGAGCUGGAGGUUUUAAAGGACUGGUGCUAUGAAGCUACAUACAGUCAGCUGGCUCAUCCCAUCCAGCAGGCCAAAGCCCUCGGGCUUCUCUUUCAGUCCAAAGUUCUUGACAUCGAUAACAUAGAUUUAGCGAUGGGUAAACUGAUGGACCAGGGCCCAGUGCUGAUCAUUACCUUUCAGGCUCAAGUCGUCAUGGUGAUCCGAAGCCCGAAAGGAGAUAUCGUGGAAGGAGAUCCGGAGAAAGUGAUGAGGAUGAUGUAUGUUUGGGCCCUGUGUCGUGACCAGGAUGAGCUGAACCCUAACGCAGCAUGGAGGUUGCUGGACAUCUCCGCCUCCAGCACAGAGCAAAUCCUCUGAGAGGAGUCAAAGGCGAUGCUGGUGAACGGGCUCCUCCACUGUACAGACUGAACGAGGGCCGAGGUCACAAACAUGGGGAUGGAAGCAGCUCUGGAGCAGAGUAAAACCCUUCCCCUGUGCACGUGUAAAUACCUCAUACUUCGGACAUAUUCGCUAUAAUCUGGAUUCUAACAUGAGAUGUCAUCUCGCUGUUCUUCGUUCUUCGUGCUCGGAUUGACAGAGCUAUGAAAAAAGCACUUGACCUUUCCUGUUAGAAAGGAUAAAGUCAGUAGAAACCCUGGAACCCUUCAUUCUGUGGUGCACUUCAUCCAUACUGACCUUAUGGCAACAUUCAGAAAGAUCCUCUCACAGAUGGAGAAGAUGAAACUACAUGUUUGUAUAUCUGUUGAACAUUUCAGAACAUGUUUUUUUUUUAUUACUUUCUCAUGUUGGCAUGGGGUUAACAUCCUCAGCUUUGAAUUAAUGGCUGCAGCAUAAAUGCAGAUGGGGAUUUUUGAACAUACUGUAAGUUUGGAGAUGUUCUUCUCAUGAUUAUUCCUUCGAAGAACUAGUUUAUUUUCUAGCAAAGUGUACAGAUGCAUUUUUUAUUUUUUUUUGUAAAGCUUUGACCUGCUUUUUCUGGAUUCACCUUAAGAUCUCCAAUCAGGGUCUGAUGACUUGGUGUAUCUCUGCCUGACACAGAUUACAGAAAAACAUCUCUUCUAUUUAAACAGAAGACCAACUGUUCCCAUAUUAAUGUUUUGAUGGACCUCAAAUGUUUUCAUUUUAAUAUUUUGUUUUUUUCCAUUGUAAAUUUUAUGAUUCCAAUAAAGUCAAAGAGAAAUGGGAUUGUAACGUCCAAAGAUAUCGUUGUAAUCCAUGUCUUACCUUUGUUUGUUUUUUUAAGUUUAGCUGUUUGUUUUACUUCACAAACAAAAGGAUGAAGCAAGAUGACCAAUUGGAUAUAAAAACAUUCCGGGUAACGAUGUAUUUAUUUAAAACCUCUUCUGCUCUGGGAUAAGAACUUUACUGAUUUAGCACUAGAUGAAUAACGGUGAAUAACACCCAUUGUUUUGUCAGGUCGCAGUGCAGUGUCUCGGUUCUGAAUCCAUGUGUUGAUCAAUAAGCUUAUGACCUGUAGGGAAAUGAGAUUUGCAUUGUUUCGUUAUGGAAACGCAGUAGUGGAUUCAUUUCAGGUUCAGCUUCAGGUUUGUAGGAUCAUUUUUUUUGCAGAUCAUUCACCUGUUUGUCUUACAGAACAGCUCUGUUUACAUUUCUGAAUGUGGCUUUUAAUUGUUUAAUAGUGAAGAUGUAAACAGAGGAAAUGUGUUGUGAAGAAUGAAUCAGUUGUGUUUUAUAUGUAGGGCAGGUAAAAAAAAACUUGACAUGAUAUGAACACAGCACAGUUUAUUGGUAAAUACUCAGCAUCCCAUAGCAUGAUGCUUACUACUCCUUACAUGAAUGUUGGAAUAUUCUGCAGGUCAUGCUCAGCUCCUCUUCUUCUUUAAACAGGAUGAAUAAAGUUUAUGCUAAACAGCCAAAACUGAUUGAGAUGUUCACUUGUACAUGUAACUUAUUCUCUCUGUAUAUAUCUAAUCCUGUUUGAAUAAAACACUUUUUGUCCUGCCCUCGUCAAA